AUGUCAUUCUCCGAUCCACGAACAGACUCCAGUUUGGCCCCCGAAACGGUCCCAGACCAAAAGCGGGAUUCCACCCAGGCAGAGAUCAAGCACCAUCUCUACUUCGAAGACAACGACUCCUUCUUCCCACCCACCUGGCUCGGGAAAGACCCGCCCCCUCGAAGGGAGUCAGAGAGCAGUGUGAGCCAUGAAUCAGAACAGAAGCAUGACGAAGGCAGUGGGAAAGUUGAGCGCGGAUGGACCAGCGAGGAAUGA